ACUAGUGUGAAGACACACAGUGACUCGGGUUGUUUUUGUAAACUUUUUUGACGUGAGGCUUUCCUUCAUUUUUGGCAUUUGUAAAAUACAACAUUGUUGAUCUAUUGGACUUUCUGGAUUACAUUGGUUUGCCAUGAAGAACAUGGAAUUAUUCGGGGAUCAAGAAGCAUUAUGACAGUCAUGUCAAUCGCCACAGAUAUUUCUCCUCAAGGAAAGUUCAAUAUUUUGCUGGCCAUAAAUUGCUCCAGCAGAUAUGAUAUGCCACUUGUCUCUUUUGGUUGUCUUCAAUCUUUUCGUAUUUCAGUGCCAUGGUGGCUGUGCGGAGGUGGACUCCAUGACUGAAGCCGUGGCAGGAGAAGGAUUCCUGCUGGGCUGCAUCUCCUGUAAGAAGAGAGAGGAGGUGUCCGCCCGAGCCACGGUGGACUGGCACUUCAAACCGCUGGGAGUGGAGGAUUUCAAGCCAAUUUUCCACUAUGAACACCCCAGUGCCAACAUCAUGGAUGAGGAUUUCAGAAACCGUUUAGAGUGGCAUGGGACAAAAAACAGCGACAUACAAAUAGGAGCCAUUUACAUCCAUAACGUCACCUUUAAUGAAACGGGGACGUUCCGCUGCACAAUCCACCGCACUCUCUUCCUGCGGCAGUACAAUGAGAACGUCACUGUGGAGAAGGAGGUGGAGCUCACUGUGGUGGCUGUAGCCAAUCGGGAGCUGACAUCGGUGGUCGCAGAGAUCAUGAUGUACGUGCUGAUCGUGGUUCUGCAGCUGUGGCUCAUUGGGGUUCUGAUCUACUGCUACAAGAAGAUUUCAGAAGAGUACGAAGCUCGAGAGGCCCACAAAGCUCUCAAAGCUCAGGCAGUGCUUGCAAAAGACAACUGUGAUGGGGUGCAGCUAGAGUGACAUUACCAGUAAAAAAUAUCUUCUCUGCGAGAUUGAAGUUUCUAACUGUACCACAAAUGGCACAAUUACUGUAUAAGAAGUUCAUUUCAAACACCUUGGCAGAAGCCCGGUUGUUUAUACUGAAUCUAUCCUGUAUUAUUAACUGUAACCAGAAUCAGAUGAACGUUUGUAGAAUUGUGAAAAAAAGCCUUUUUUCAAGGUCUUUGAAAACAAAUGGCCUUCAAUUUAGGAAAUCAAAAUUGUUAUGAAUCUUUGAAUAGUCAAUGAUGUACUUUAAUCAUAAACAUUUUUGAAAUUCCCAGAGAUAAUUCCCUAAAAUGAUGUUUUUACUUUUUGCAUACUGCGUUUGAUAAAGUCCUGAUAACACAGAAGUAUUCAACUUAAAACAAUGAGAUGUAGAAAUGCAAGAAACCUUGGUAAUGCUGCUCCUCUAGGUCAUAACAAGUGUAUCAGUUAUCUAAACGACCAUUGACAAACGACUGACUUAUUAAUUCAGUAUUUCUGAACACUUAAAAGCACUGACACUUAUUUAUCUGCAUGCCUUAGCGCUCAGUUCUACAGGAUCAAUAGUGAAAACAGAAAUGUGUGUCAAUAAAAUAUAUAGCUUCAAGUUGACUGGUGGUACAACGGGCUGAUUUGUGUGCCAAAAGCUGCUCUUAAUGCAGCUCAUGACAUUAAUAUGAUCUUAUGAUAGAUAGGCCUAAGUUGGAACACUUUAUAUUUUGAGAUUUUAACGUGAGAGUGAAUGAUAACAUUGAUAUCUCUCAUUGUUAAGCAGGAUGUCAGGAUGUCAGACUAAACAUAUCCGUUGGUGGUUUUCUGCACGAUAAAGUUAGUAAUUUAACUUGAAUAAAAUACAUGUUUUUAU